AUGGCAUUAGUCCGCAUAUCAGCAACGGACAGCACGGCUGACUGCUUCCUUACCUCCCCUCCUCCCCUCUCUCUCUCUCCCUCUUUCCUACUCCCGCUCUUCUUCCGUGCUCUUCUCCCGCUCCCCCUUCUCACCCCACCCGACCCUUUUCUUUUCCUCCCUUUCCCCCCUCCCAUCUCCUACGCAUUCUCCUCUCUCACCUUUCCGCCUUCCCCCCACACGCCCAGCCGUUGCUCGCGCGGGCAGGGAUUGGACCACCGCAUAAGUCCGGCGUCGUUCCCUUCCAGUCCAUUUUUCCCACUUCUGCAUUCCCUUCCCUCUGCGCUCAAGUCUUGCCCUCCUUCCCUCUACAUUCAUCCUUUUCCACCUUCACCCCUUUGCGUUCCAUCCUUCCCCUCCUUCCUUCUGCAUUGUAUCCUCCCCUCCUUCCGUUUGCAUUCCAUACCUCCCCUCCUCUCUUUGGAGUUUCCAUCCCUCUAUUGCAUCCUUCCCCUCCUUCCCUCUGCAUUCCAUCCCUCCCCUCCUUCCGUUCAUUGCAUCCUUCCCCUCCCUCUCUCCCACUGCGUUCCAUCCUUUCCCUCCUUCCCUCUGCAUUGUAUCCUUCUCCUCCUUCCCUCUGCAUUCCAUCCUUCCCAUCCUUCCCCUCCUUCCUUCUUUAUUGCAUCCUUCUCCACUCCCCUCUGCAUUGCAUCUUUUCCCACCUUCCGUCUGGGCUGCAUGCCCCCCUACCAGGCAUGUCUGCCAUCCAACUUGUCAGGGCACAUCUGCAGCACGCCCUUUUUCCAUGCAGACUAUGGCACUCGGGUGGCUCGGCGCGCUGUUGUUCGUUCCCAAGCGACCACCGAAGAAGCACCCAUAGCAUUUCAGAUCGGUGAAACGAGCCUCUCCAUUCCUUUCUCUGUGGAGAGAGCUAAGGCUCUCGACGCUGCCAUAUCCACCCUCCUGCAAACCUUCCGGGAGAAGGAGAAGGCCACCCGACCACAGAGAUGGACCACGAUGGAGUUUCGCCAUGCUGGGGAUGUCAGUAACGGGGAUGUCUUUAUCGAGGUAUUCUGCAACCCUAACGCCUAUGCGAAUGCGUUUCAGGCUAAGGCGCUGAUUACAGUGAAGGAUGACCGUAUGAAGUUCACUUCGGAAGGUGCUUUGAGCGCCAUCAAGGCGAACGUAGAUGAAUACUUGAUGAGGAAUGCUUGA